GGUCCAACGGCUUCAAGAGAACCCUCGAUCUAUAUAAAUCGGGGACCGGCAACACACAAAAACCCUAAUUCCAGAACCACGCCCCGACAUAGGCUAUGGCUUCCAUCGUGCACAAGCUCGUUCGGGCAGCCCUAGCAUCACGCCCCAUUGGAGAUACUGCUGGUGGCAUCUCUCCGUGUCUCCCCCGGCUCUAUCUGACUGGCGAUUCCAUCCGUCGCAUGUCUGCAGCUGCAGACGGUUCCGAGUCAGAAGAAAAUCUCGCACUCAGCGGCUUUGCGGCAGACAUCGAUCCAGAAAAAACCUUUCCCCUGGUUGAUGAGAAUUCCAUUAAGUCCAAGGAAUCCCUGUGGGCCUUGUAUAAAUGCUGGUGCAAGUAUCGGGGGGUAUCUCGUGACCAUAAAGAAAUGACCCGCCGGUUCAGGUCAUUUAGGGCUCGUGCAAUGUCUGUGUACAAAAAUAACAAUUCUGGAUCGUCGCAAGUGUCGCAACUGGGCCCAUUUGCAGAUAUGACUAAGGCGGAGAUUGCUCGGCUGUUUCCUCCACGUAGUCCCAAGUGCCGCUUCGGGGGGUCCAGGAGGUAGUGCAGCCCUUAAAUAAAUAACUAAUUGGCAAAAUUAUGAACUCGUCUUGUCUUAUGGUUUAUGGUAAACUCUGUUGUACUGGAAGUAUCGUUGCUCUAUGGUGCUUCUCAUGGAAUGUUCAGGUGCCAAGUGCAGCUUUUGGGGGUCCAUGAGCUACUGCAGCCUUAAAUAAUUAAUUGGCAAGCUUGUGAACGUAUUUUAUUGUUGUUUAUGGUGAACUCUGUUGCACACAACCAUUACUAAA